AUAAUAAAUUGGAUUUUGACGAAAAACCAAACCCAAAGAAAUGGAAAGAGAGAGAGAGAGCAUUCCAUUUAGGCCGUCUAUAAGGCAAAGCCAUCCUUUGCUUUCUCCUUUCUUCUUCUUCCCCUUCCUCUUCCCUCUCCCCACUGUGUGAAAGAAAGGUUUCAACACUAAGCAAAGUUCUCCCCUUUUCUUUAUUGCCCUUCGUUUUCUCCCAUCUCCUCUUUUAUCUACUUUUCUCAUCUCUCUCGGCUCACCCUUUUCGAAAAGUCUCCAUCUUUCAUCAUCUCCUUUCCCCCAUAACAUUCUAUCUCUGCAGAACCCUCUGCGCCAUCAACAAACAAACAAAGAAACCCUUCUGCCUUUUUCCUCUGCAUAACCUUCUCUUCAAUCCUUUUUGUUCUCUUCUGGGUGUUUCUUUAAUUUAAUCAGCAGGGGCUCAAAAGGGUAGAAGGUUAUACUAGAAGAGAACAAGUGAAGAGUUAUGUGGGAGGAGAAACAGCCACUUAGAUCAUCUCCUUUCAGAGAAUCCCUCAAAGCCCUUGAAGCUGAUAUUCAACAUGCCAAUACCUUGGCAGCUUCUCUCCCGGGAGAUUAUGGUGGGGAUUGUGUACAGAUGAGGGUUUCAUACAGUCCAAUUGCUCCCUACCUCCUGUUCUUGGUUGAGUGGAUGGAUUACAGUUGUACUGAUGCUCUCCCGAGCUACUUAGGCCUGCUCCAUAUUCUUGUUUACAAGGUUUACAUUGAUGGAGUGCCGACUUUGUCUUCUAAAGAGAGGAAGGCUAGCUUAAGGGAGUUUUAUGCCAUUAUAUAUCCUUCACUCAGGCAGCUCGAAGGUCAGUUUGUGGAAUCAGAAGAUACCCACAAGAGAAGUCGGGGCAAUGAAGUCUUAACCAGGAAGAGAGCAGAGGACAGGAGAAGGCUAGCCGAUAAUAAUGAAUUCGAGCGAGAUGAUGAAUGUGGGAUAUGCAUGGAGAAUGGUGGGAAAAUGGUGUUACCAAAUUGUGGGCACUCCUUGUGCAUGAAUUGCUUCCACGAUUGGAACUCGAGAUCACAGUCCUGCCCAUUCUGCCGGGGCAGCCUCAAGAGAGUGAGGUCUAGAGACUUGUGGGCUCUAAUUACCAAUGGCGAGAUAGUCGAUGCUGCAACUCUAGCGAAAGAGAACCUUAGGCGUUUCUAUCUUUAUGUCGAGAAUCUUCCCCUUGUGAUGCCCGAGACCCAUGCCAUUCUGUUCGAUUAUAUGAUCUGACUCGGCACAGAACUACCAGCCAGCCAGCCAGCCAGCCGUGUGUACAUAGCAUAUGACCUGCCAUGGCUGUUUGAGACAUGUUCUUGGGGAGAGGUGUAUAUAUAGCUAACAGAAACUGCAUCAGAAAGCUUCAUUUUAACCAGGCUAUGAAGUUUCGACAUUGCAGCUUUGGAAGGAAGAUUGCCUAAGCAGUCCAAUCAAACCUGAAAAUUAUGCGGUAAGGCCAAAUUAGAUGUAAAUAAAUUGGAAAAAAGAAAAAGGAGUAUGGCUCGGCAUUCAGGUCAGCUUUUUUGAACCUGAGUGUUGGAAUGGAAAAUUUGGCUACCCUUUAUUAUAUGCUAAUGUCUCAAUCAUAUUGCAAUAUAUAUGAAUCCCUUAUCUUCGACUAGUUUAACUUGCUUACUGACAUUAGAAGGCUUAAACCCGACUUCUGACUCGAUUGAGGAACGUCGAUGUUUCUGCGAAUCUUUUCCAGAUCAUUUCUUUGGUAAACUGGUUAUGAUGUAUAGAGAAAGAUUGAGAAUGAGGGGUUGGAUUUGCUUGCAGUUAACUACUGUUUUAAACUUGAAUGAGACAUGUAGUUUUGUGACUUGAAAGAGUUGAUUGAAGGCACAUUAUGUCUAACUUGCAAGUGGUGAGUUAUUAGUAUAUGUGUCAUUAAAUCUUUGGUUACCAGGUUCUGUGGUGAAUGUGCAUUAACUGUGCUCAGUUGGAAGUUCUUUUCACUAACCAUUGUGGGAUGGUCUGCAGAUGAACGGGCCAACCUAUUGGGCUGUGAGUCUGGUCCUUAUGAAGAUUUGAGUCUUGAUGGGCUUGUUAAUUUCUUAAAACAUACCCAAAUGGCCAUAUUAUAUUGGCCUAAGCUAAAUGGCUUUUUAUUUGGCACAGUUUAGCUUGUUAAACACUAUUAUCCACAAUCACAACUCACAAGGUUAUAGGAUUGAGAUAUGAUUAUGAGGGUUUAUUUUACUUUGUAGUUUGAACUCGAGAGAAAGGAAUUGACUUGAUGACAUACAAACAAAUUUAUGCACUAUUGACUAGUCCUUGUUUCAAUUCCCCACGGUUAAUACUUAAUUUACGAGUAGCACGGGAUAUGGUAUGUGUCUUAUUUUAAUAUUUUCUCGUCUCGCCCUGUUAUCUACUUGUUCUAUAUUGAUUUUCUCGAGUAUUUAUACCCUUAUGCUACUUUGACGACUCUAUAAUAUACUGUAGCCAUAAGUUAGUGGGACUUUCUACUUCUAAGAAAAAUUGGCUCAUUAG